GAAACAAAACUCACCAUCUCAUUUAUAUCAUCAAAACUCGAGAUCUUAAUAACCAGAGCAAUCAAACAGAUUUCUGCUCUUCAAACUAAAUCUGCUUAAUUCUUCUUCAAAUAUUUACUCUCUCCAAUUGAAGACUCAAAAUUUCACGCAAAAUCCUUAUAUUAUACACUGAAAAAGGGGAAAAAAAAAAAUCAUCCCUGGAAAAUCUAAUUAUACAGAGAGAGUCAGAUAUUAAUUGGAGCAAACAGCUUAGCUUUGAGGCCGAUCAGCAAUGGAAACCACGCAAGGUGGAACGGAGAGAGAGAAAUCCAACUCGGCUUCUUCGGCUCCCGUUCCUGCUGUCGCCAGCUUCUGGAAAGAUUUUGAUCUGGAGAAAGAACGAGCCAUUCUGGAUGAACAAGGGCUUAGGAUUGCUGAGAAUCAGGAGAACAGUCAGAAAAAUCGUCGAAAGCUCGCUGAGAGUACUAGAGACUUCAAGAAAGCUUCAAAUGAAGAAAAGUUGAGUUUGUUUAACUCUUUACUCAAGGGAUAUCAAGAAGAAGUUGAUAAUCUUACCAAGAGGGCGAAAUUUGGAGAAAAUUCAUUUCUUAACAUUUAUCAGAAGCUUUAUGAAGCACCAGAUCCUUAUCCAGUUCUUGCUUCAAUAGCAGAGAAAGACUCAAAGCUGUCUGAACUAGAAUCAGAGAACCGAAAGAUGAAGGUUGAGCUUGAGGAAUUCCGCACAGAGGCAACUCAUCUGAAAAACCAACAGGCAACCAUACGAAGACUUGAAGAGCGGACCCGCCAGUUAGAACAACAGAUGGAAGAAAAAGUAAAAGAAAUCGUGGAGAUUAAGCAACGUAGUUUGGCAGAAGAGAAUCAAAAAACUAUGGAGGUUUUGAAGGAAAGGGAGCGGAUGUUGCAAGAUCAAUUACGCCAAGCCCAAGACAGUGUCUCUACCAUGCAAAAGUUGCAUGAACUUGCACAGAGCCAGUUGUUUGAAGUUCGUGCACAAUCAGAGGAAGAGAGAGCAGCAAAACAAUCAGAAGUCAAUCUCUUGAUGGACGAAGUUGAACGUGCACAAUCACGGCUUCUUAGUCUUGAGAGGGAGAAGGGAUUGUUACAGUCACAGUUACAAACAUCAAAUGAAGAUAAUGAGCAGAAGAAAAGUGACAGCCUGGACGUCCAUAGCAUGCUUGAGAAUUCUCUUAGUGCCAAGGAAAAGAUAAUCUCUGAAUUAAAUAUGGAACUUCACAACCUUGAAACCACGUUAGCAAAUGAGCGAGAGCAGCACAUAAAUGAAAUGAAGAGAUUGAAUACUAAGCUUAAUGAGAAGGAAACUAUUUUGGAGGAGAUGAAAAAGGAGCUUCAGGCAAGGCCAACAGAAAAGUUAGUUGAUGACUUGCGGAAAAAGGUCAAAAUCUUGCAGGUACCUCACUCACUCUUACAACUCUAUGUCAUCCUUCAGGAACAUUUUCAAUUGAAAGACAGGCAGGAAAGGAUAGGGUAG